AUGAAGAUGUUGUUUUUCCUGUGUCUUUUACUUGUUGGGAUUCAUUCCAACAGUUAUUGCUAUAAGCCUGAUCACCAAGGUGUAAGAAACCAAAAUCAAAGAGGCCAAGAAAACCGAAACAUGCCACAGCAGACUAUAGGGAACAGUGUUUGUCAGUUUGCAUGUUGUUUUUACAAAGAGAUUUCUUCUCGUGAAAACAGUGGGAAUGUUUUCUUCUCUCCUUUGAGCAUCUCUACUGCCUUUGCAAUGCUGACUCUGGGUGCCAGAUCAGACACCUUGACACAGAUUCUUAGGGUCCUUAGCUUUAACCCACGUGAGAUUUCUGAAAAUGAAAUACAUGAAGGUUAUCGUCAACUCAUGCAAAUGGUAAACAGAAAGACUGAGGGGUUACAGCUGAAUAUGGGAAAUAUCCUGUUUGUGCUUGACCGACUGAAGCCACAAGAGAAAUUUUUAAGUAAUCUCAGAAACUUCUAUGAAGGAGAAGCUUAUCCUAUGAACUUCAAGAGGGCCGAUCAAGCCCAGAUAAAGAUCAACGAAUAUGUAGCAGGAAGAACCAAUGGGAAAAUCAAGGACCUCAUAAAUAACCUUGAUCCACUUACUGAAAUUCUCCUUAUUAGCUAUAUUUAUUUUAACGCUGAAUGGGAAAAACCUUUCGAUCCAAAAUACACUAAAAAGAACAAAUUCUUUGUGGAUGGGAACAAGGCUGUUGAAGUCCCAAUGAUGUUUGGAAUGGGCCUGUUCAAGCAUGGCUAUGAUGAACAGCUGUCUUCCACUGUGGUGCAAAUGGAUUACAAAGGAGGUGCUUCGGCAUUUUUUAUUCUGCCUGAUCAAGGAAGAAUGAGGAAGCUGGAGAAAAGAUUGUCUUGUGAACGUAUGUCAAGGUGGAGGACAUUAGUCUCAAAAAGCUCAGCAAAUUUGUAUCUUCCGAAAUUCACUCUUUAUGGGACAUAUAACCUAAAAAAUAUGUUAUAUAAAAUGGGCAUCAUGGAUGUAUUCACUGAUAAGGCUGACCUGUCUGGGAUCACUGGGCAGCCCCAGCACAGAAUUUCCCAGGCUAUUCAUAAGGCUGUGGUAAAGGUGGAUGAGACUGGCACCGAAGCAGCAGCUGCCACAGGCAUGGAAAUAGUGCCUAUGUCCGUUCCGGUUACCAUUACAUUCAAUAGGCCCUUCCUAAUGGUCAUAACUAUGGAGAGCAAUAUACUCUUCAUGGGAAAAAUUGUGAACCCUCUGAAAAAAGAUUAA